GUGAGGCGCAGUCGCGGCGGUCGCGGCGUGCCCGGCUCUGGGCACCCGGCGGGGGCGUGCGCGCCACGCGCGUGCGGGGCAGGCUGGGCGCCAGGCGGCACCCUCCAGGCCCCAGCGUCUGUUUACCAACAAACUGCCAUUGCUCAGCAGCUACGCAUUCCGACGCGCUGAAUAAGCGGCCGGCGCUGGCGAUCUGCUUUCCACUCCCUCGCAGAGCCAAGGCAGCGUGGGGCCGUGCGGACCCGUGCGACCUGCGGAGCGCGGGCACCGGUUCUGAGUCCGCGCAGCGUCCCUAGUCACCGCGCAGCUCCCCACGUUUCUUGGCCAUCCCAGGCCCAAUUUCCUAGCGCUUUGGACAUUGUUACCGAGAUUUCCUGACUCCACUUGUCCCCCAGCAACUUGGAGUAGGAGCCGAGGUGCACCGCCCCGCGCUGGUGCCCUGUACCCCUCCGGUUUUCCCGGUGUGUGCUAACUCGGGGGCGGGCCCAGCUCUGGGCCUCUCUGAGGUCACCGUGCGAUAGCCAAUCCCGGGUGUCUAAGUGGGCGGGGGACUCCGUGUGGUCCCGGGAACCGAACCCAGAGGAGAAAGAUGGGGGCCCAGAACUUGGGGGGGAGGGGAAAAGCCAUGGGGCACCCACCAAACCCCUUUCUCGGGUGCGAGCUCUCCUCCAGAAGAGGCUCUCCGAGAUACAUUUUUCCCUGGGAUCUAAAGUGUGGGGGUGGCUCGCUGGGGGUGGGGGUUCAUCUGCCUCAGUUCUGGAGACUUUGAAAGGUGUUGGCAUAGAGAGUAGACGGCGUGCAGGGCCAUGACCUAGGCCCUGUGGCCUGGCACGGGCCGCAAUGACCUCUUUACCCUGUCCCCUUCCUGGCCGCGAUACCUCCAACGUUGUCUUCCCGGACCUCGCCCCCGCCCCGUCGGUAGUGGCUGCCUACCCGCUUGGCUUGUCCCCCGAAACCGCAGCUUCCCCCUAUUCGCCCUACUCCCGGCCCUACGGCCACCUCCUGUCCUUGUCUUACCCUGGGCCAGCAACCCCAGGAAACUCCUACCUGGCCAGCCAGCAACUCUCGGCGGCGCGGUCUCAGCUCUUCCGCCGGCCAGCUGAACACCCGCAGGAACUUGAAGCAGAAUCAGAGAAACCGGCGCUGUCCCUGGAGCCCUGGCAGCAGCCCCUGACCAGGCAGCUGCGCGGACCUAGAACCAUCUACUCCAGCCUGCAGCUGCAACAUCUGAACCAGCGUCUGUAGCACGCGCAGUACCCAGCCCUGCCCAGGAAGGCUCAGCGGGCAGCGCAUCUUGGACUCACCCAAACCCAGGCAAAGAUCUGGUUUCAGAACAAAUGCUGCUCCGAAUACAAGAAGCUCCUGAAACAGAACUCCAAGGAGCAGGAAGAAGACUUCUCUGGGAGAUCCCCCUCCCUGUCUCCCUGCUCUCCAAAUCUUCCAUCCAUCUGGGAUCUACUCAAGGCAGGCGCCCUGCCUACCAGGGCCCACAGUUCCUUCAGAGCCUGGUAUCAGCAUCAUUCCCCCCCCACCCCAGAUGUGCUGCUUCGGCCUCAGAUGAUCUGAGUCUGGAGAAGGGCUGGUCAGGCUCCAGCCCUCCUGUCAAGCCCAGGACUAGCACACCUGCUUCCCUUCUGGGGGGAGAGGAAACCAGCUCCAGAUGGAUUUUCUCAAGACAAGAAGCGAAAGGAGAAGAAAGAACGGAGUGGAAGUCUGGGCUCUCCGAGCCAGAGAGCUAAAUCAAAGGCUUUCGUCUUUGCAACUGUACCCAGUGCUGCCGUGGACCAGGCAUCUCCCUCCAGUGGGACAAAGGCUUUAGAGAGAGCUUCGCUGGCUAGUGUUCAGACUGCUCCAGUCUCAAUGACACCCCAUCCCUAGUCAAAUGACUGCAGCCCCACCACAGCCUAGGAUCGAAGCCAGGGAGAAAACAAAUAUUAUUUCUGGCCUGCACCUUGGGCCCUACCGGCCUAUCCAUGAACAAAAACGGGAAGUGGACACAGAGUCUCUGUUGUUGGCCACCAUAAAGUCCCUGUUUCUCAUCUACCGGUUAUCAGUGGUGGUCAGCCUGUUACCUCCCUAACUGGAGGUGUGGUCCAAUGGUAGAGUAAGUGCUUAACAUGUAAGAGGUCCCAGCGCCAAAACAAAACUAUGGAGUGCUGGCCUGUGGGCACUUUGUAUUUCUCUCUUUUAAAGGGUCUUCUGUCCCACAACUACCCAUUUUGAGUUGACAAGUCCUGGGCUUAAUCAUCCAUCUAAUUCAACAGGGAUGUAUUAAGAACAUAGGCCCCUCCAUCCUUGAUCCUAACAAGUUCACCUGCACAUAUUCUUGGAAGCCGAGAAGGAGACAUGGGACAAACAUUUCCUGGGCCCAUGCGGGGCAUAGCUGCCACCAAAUAAUGGGGUAGGGUCAGCACGUCUGCUCCUCACAGUUGCCUCUAUCCAAGAAACUGUCCGAAUUCACCAUUAUUCUGUCCGCAUCCCCAGGCACUUGCCAUCUCUCAAAUCACAAGCUUCAGAGAUUAAAAUGUGUACAAAAAACAAAACAAACCCCCUCAGAGCCCUGGGUGCCAGGCAUGUUUGUCCCCUGGAAUCAUCCUGGUUGUUGCUGGUUGCUCAUCUUUCCUCUGUCAUCUGAUACAUCUUCCCCUUGACCAGAAGUCAUAAACACGAGAUUUUUUUUUUAAUGA